AUGGCCGCUGCUCUCGUUGAUCGCGUCACCGAUUUGUUCAAGACCAACCUUGACAUCAACGCCUCCAAGUUGGACGCGAAGGCUGAGAAGCCUGUCCGACCUGAAGUCGCAGAGGUGAUCGUCGAUAAACCCCAACAACCUGAUAUCCAAUACCAACCUGAUGAAGCCAAAUGGAGAGCGAGGACAGCGCGUCGUCUCGCUGAAGACCCAGCCCUCCCCAAAACCCCGCUUCCAGACGGCUUUCCGAAGAGGCUGGAGUCCCCACUGGUAUGGGAAGGAAAGGAUUGGACGAAUCCGUCGCAGUGGGAGUACAAGCUAUCCGCGGAGCAGCUCCUGGAGAUUGACGAUGCCGUCAAGCACUUCAAAGGCCUCAACAAACCUCUAGGGUAUCUCUCACCGGAGACCUUCCCUCUUCCGACCCUCGGCCCCAUCCUGAAGGACCUCUCUAACGAGCUGCACAACGGCCGUGGCUUUUUCGUUCUCAAGGCUAUCCCCAUCGAUUCGUAUUCGCGUGAGGAGAACGUAAUCAUCUACUCCGGCAUCUCCUCGUACGUAGGCCGCCUUCGCGGGAUUCAAGACAAGGGCGUCUCCGUCAUCGGGCACAUCAAGGACCUUACCGAGACCCACCCACUCAAGACCAUCGGUUCGCCUGCCUAUACGACGGACAAGCAAGUCUUCCACACCGAUGCUGGCGAUAUCAUCUCGCUGUAUGUGCUUGAGACCGCGGCAGAGGGCGGCCUGUCGCGCAUUAGCAGCAGCUGGAGAGUGUAUAACGAACUCGCGGAGACGCGGCCCGACCUGAUCAAGACCCUCUCAGAACCGUGGCCCUUCGACGGAUUCGGCGGCACCCCAGCGUACAGCCUCCGCCCUCUUCUCUUCUACCUCAACAACAGGAUCGUCAUUCAAUACGCUAGACGGCGCUUCACCGGCUUCGCGGGUCUCCCGCGCUCGGCGGAAAUUCCACCCAUCAGCGAGGCGCAGGCCGAAGCCCUCGACACAAUCCACUUCCUCGCCGAGAAACAUGCUGUGGGGCUCAGCUUUGAAAAGGGCGACAUCCAGUACAUCAACAACCUGAGCAUCUUCCAUGCGCGCGAUGCCUUCACGGAUACGCCUGAGAAAACACGCCAUCUCCUCCGCCUUUGGCUGCGAAACGAAGAAUUUGCUUGGAAACUGCCGUCCGAGCUCAAUCAGCUCUGGCAAGCGAUCUACUACGCAUCGACACCAGAGACAGAGCACUUCCAGAUAGAACCUCAAAUUCGCAAUACCUGGGCAAUUAACACUGCAACGACCAAGAACUAA